CUGGCUGGCUGUGUGACCUUGGGCAAAUGCCUCCCACUCUCUGGGCUUCGAGGGGCUCCCCAGGCUGACCCAGGGCUCAUGAAAGCUCUUAGCUGAGAACUUCAUUUCCAUUCAAAUUAGAGAUCACCUGGCACAUUUUACAUAAGGGAAGACUGAAGCCUUGAAAGGGAAAGAGACUUAUGCAAGGUCACACUACUUGUCUUUGUGGCCACUUGGUUGAACUAAGAGAUCCUGAGUGUAAUCACCAUUUGAGGUCAAGUUCUGGGAGCUGGAGGCAUUUAGUCAACAGAAGACUACUAACCCCCAUGCUCACAGUGCUCAAAGACCCAAGAGAGAGGCACAGAUCUGGAGCAGAGGAACCCAGUGUGUUAUGUCCCACACUUGAGGGUAGAAGCAGAGCCCACAGUGAAGCUAAUUGCCAGCCCUCAGAACUGUCCCACCAAGUGCCCUGAUGCUUGGAGAGGGAGUGAAUCCCCUGUCCCUGGAGGUGUUCAAGCAGAAGCUGAGCAAAGGGAGCAUGAACUGGAUAAUCUCUAAGUUUCCAUUCAUCUGUAAGAGUCUGAGUAGAGGAGCAGCUCUGACCCUAGCUGGACCAGGCCAGUGGGAGCUGGGCAGAUCUGAGAUCGGGGGAUGGAACAUCCCGAGGGCCAUGGGACAGAGGAAUCGAAGAAGACUGGUGCUGAAAUCUGCGGUUUUCAUCCCCUCCGUCCUCCAAUUUAAGGGGCACUGGAUUCUGCCUGCUUUGAGUCCACCAAGACCAUAAGCCCUCUAGUGGGUCAUCCUCAUCAGGGCCAAGGAAGGGUGACUGGGAGCUCAGGCUCUGUCUCUGGGUCCCUGAUUUCUCAGGUUUUUUGUCCUUGUCUCUGUGUCUACCUCAGAGUCCAUCUCUGGAACUUUUCCCAAUGGUUUUGUCUCGAAUAUUCUCUAGACAUGUCUGUUACUUGGGUUUCUUUCUCACAUACGUACACGCGCACAUAAAUAUGAAUAUAUACAUGUAUUUCUAUACUAUCUCUAUUUUUGUCCCUUGGCUUCUCUGGGUUCUGUCUAUAUGUUUGCACAUCCCUGCAUCUUGUUGGCUUCCUACCUCUCUCCAGGUCUCUGUCUUGCUAGCUCUCUGUCUCUAAGUAUGGGGCUCUCCUGCCCCUCCCCCUUCCUGCUCCUAGUCUCGAGAUCUUUUUCACUCUCCCUCUGUAUUUGCCUCUCGAUGUUUUCUUUUUUUCUCUUCAUCUCUCCUUCCUGCUCUGCCCCCAGUCCUUUACCUGAACUGUUUCUGAAGUUCUCUCCCGCCUCCUUCCACCCUCACCCCCACCCCCUUAGCCCCUAUUGGCCAGAUCCAGGCUUCGGCAGGUUCUGUCUGUCUCCUGGGCAACGGCAUCAACAGUGGGGGCGGUGUCAAGGGGAGGCCAAGAAGGAGGCCAGGUCUGGUUAGGCCAUGGCCGGCCUCACUCGGCAGUCACACUAUGGCCUCUUGGGCACCCCCGUCGAGGGUCCUGGCGGUCGGAGGCCAGACUGGCGACAACUCAGCAGCGGUGUGGGCGUCCCCCCCCGGUCCAGGCAGCACCCUCCCCUUUCCCCCGCCUAAAGUGCGGAACACGGUCCCCGAAAGCCUCCCCCCAGCGGCCGAGCAAGACUCCCAUAUCCUGGACUUCGAUGAGGUCUUCAGUCGCUGGGAGACGUCCUCAGGCGCGGCGCAUGGGCCCAAGACUCACGGCGAUGUGUACGCGCAGCCCAAGUACGUGCUCACGUCCAGGGUCAAAAGAACGCUAGGAAUCAAGGACUUGGGAGAGAAGCUCCAGCUCCGGCCCUGUCGGCACCCCUUGACCAUGGCGUACCAGAAAAGUGAGAUGCGGGAUAAGUACCAAGGCUGGCGCAACCUGGGCUCUGAGACCACCACACGGGCAGUGCCCCAACCUUGGGAGCUAGCCGAUCACCACGCCCAGGGGCCCAGCCAGGCCCUGAUCCCCUCCAGCGAGAACCCAGCCCUCUCCGGGCUGUCCUUCUACAUCCCGGAGCAGGGCGUGCUCGACCGCCACCAGCCCUACCUGACCACAACCGCCCAAGACUUCCGCUACUACACCAGGAAGGAGCUGGCCGGCUGCCGCCAGAACAACUGUCUGAAGCACCCAAAUUUCUGCAAACAGCCUCGGUUGCUGGUGCUCGAGCCUCUGCAGCCCCUUCCUCGGGUGCCCCGCCUGAGCCAGGCCCGCCCGUGCGUCCCCCAUCGCGGGGCCCUGUCCCUGACCAAAGAGUCCUACGGGCCCCUCCAGCACCCGCUGCGCGUGGCUGACCGAUUCUGCCCGCUGGAGGCUCCCUGGGUGGGACCCCAAGUGCAGCCCGUGCCGGGCCUGCAGACCGUACCCCACGUCUACCAGACCGAAAACUCUCGCUAUGGCAGCCUCAAGCCCGCCUUCGUUUGAACUUUGCGGGCUGGCGGCAGCCGUCUG